ACAAAUCUUAAAACAAAUCAGAUUCACAGACACACUCGCCCUCUCUCUCUCUCUCUCUCUCUUUUCUACCUCUCAUCCGAUUGCGCAGUUGCUCUUGUCGUAUUGAGAGAUUUCCAAGUCUUUUACAAAAACCUAAGAAAAAAUUAAAAAAAAAAGUAACUGAAACAAGAAGAACAAUAAGGAAUCAGAGAGAGAGAGAGAGAGAGAGAGAGAGAGAAAAGUCAUAAGCGUUAUUGAAUCUGGUUCAAGAGCUAGUGCUUCUACCUGUUGCUUCAUCCGAAAUCCAAUUUGAUCUUUCUGCUCACCGAUCCUCUCCUUUACUCUCAAUUUCCUCAGCUCUCUCAGAUGUGUGGACAGCAUACUAGAGGAAAACAAAUGAAGUGCAAUGGUAUGGACAACAUACUUAAGGCACAUGUUGGAGUGCCAAAGGGUGCUCAAUAUAGUACUCUUGUAUACUAUCAAACGAGGGAUGUGUAAUUAAAUUGACCCAUUAAAACUGCCAGUAUUUGCAGUUUAAAUAACAGGUGUAGCUUCUCUGGGCUUUUGGUUGAGACAUGAAAUGAUGCAAUCAGUCAUAAGUCUACAUCAUUCAUCAAAGUUGACAUACAUGGGAGCCUAUAAAGUUUAAUAUCAUAUGGUCUAGUGUGCCUGAGAAGUGAGACAUAAACCGUCAUUUUUGAUAGAAGCUGGAUUGUUGUGUAACAUCAUACAGUCUUUAUCACUUGGAAUAAAUUGGCCCUGAUGCAAGGGCAAAGGAUUACCUUUGAUUCCUUCUCUGAAGUUGUGGAUAUUGGGCAGGGUUCUGUUUCUAAUACCUCAGGUAUGAGUCAGCAGACUUCUUUGAAUAACACGUUACAUCCUGUAGAAAGUCCGCUGUCAAAUUAUAUGGUAUCUUCUGCCGAGACUACGAGUCUGAAUGUUAGUACACAGGAUGUUCCAAGCUUUAGUGGCUGGAACACAGGUGAACCUAGCUCUAGAAUGAAUCCACAAAACCAAGCGAAUGAUGAUGGGACAAAAACUGAGCAUGGUUGGUCUUCUUCAUUCAAUAUUCAUUCUGGGUCUGGUCCAAGAUUGAAUGAAGGGCGAUUUGAAGGAACCAAUUUCCUCUUUCCCGGGAGAGUUAAUAUUGGCAUAAGUGGCAAUAGGGUUAGAAGUGGCCCUAUGUUCAUGCAAGGCUCCAGCUCUACACAUAUCCCUCAGAACGUGAAUUUAAAUGCAACAUAUGUGGCUAACAGUGGGAAUAGUGGCCAGGAUAUGGGAUCUGGUAUAGGCCCGAAUCUUAACAGGUCAAGUGGACUAGAAAUAGAUCAGAGAUCUACUGCUAGUAGUUCAUUUGAUAAUGUUGGGACUUCAUCAGGAUGCCCCAGUUAUAUGGUGGAGGAAAAUAAUGGUGCCUCAAGUUCUUCUUUGGGGACUUGGGGUUUAUCCUGCAAGAGAAAGUCCCUUGAAGGUACUUCUGGGCAGUCUUAUACUGGUGGAAGUUCUAGCUCCUUUCCGCAGGGUGAGAAUGUUGGAUGGCAUACUGGCACUACUCAUUAUAAUCCUUCUGACAGUUUAUAUAUGCCCUCACAGAAUUCUCCUGUUGUUAGUCCUCCAGAACAGCAGAACCUAAGCAUUGGGAUUGGUGUAAGAGGAGCGACUACUGAUGGAUUUCCUUUAGGCGUUACAGGGGAUGCAGAUAGCUUCUUGAAUUACAGUAGGAGGUUAGUUGCUAGACAUCAACAGGAAGCUGUACCACAUAAUUUAUCUUCGACAGGGAGUAUCAGGCGAUCUAAUUUUUCCUCUCAUCAAUCACCUAGACCUGUUCCAUUUAGUGAUUUUCCGGAUUUGAGACCCACAGCAGCAGUAUCAACAACUUCAAGUGGUCCCCAAAGCCAGUCUCAUGCAAUGCAUAUGCCUGGUUUGUCAGGAAACAUGCAUUCUUUCCAGUGGAAUGGGGUUUCCAAUUCAAGAGUGGGCAGCUUGUCAAGUUCUGUUAACUCUGGAGAACGAGGGCCUGCAUUAAGAGAAGAAUCAAACUUAAGAAGCAUCCCAAGACACAGUGCAGAGCACCCUAUGUUUGUACCUGCAACGGAUGUGAGAAAUUCUGUAAAUGAUCCAACAAGUUGGAGUUUGGCUACUGGAAACUUGGGCAAUUCUGGAGGAGCUCCUUCCACCGCUAGGAUUGGUCCCAGUUCAAGCAUGCAUACAUUGCCCAAUCCUACCUGGAUUCCUCGCCACCCUCCCCCAUCACAAAAUCAGCAAAGACUGUCGGAAUUUCCCUGGUCUUUGUUUCCAUCCAUGGACUCAGAAUCUGGAGGUCCCAGUGGUCAUUUUACCUCAUUACCUCCAGGCCCGUCUACUUCUUCACAAGAUACACUGAUGUCAUCUGGACCUAAUAGCCAGGGCCGUCACCAACAAUAUCCAAGAUCAGCAUUCUUCUUGGAGAGACCAGGUGAUGAUGUUCUUGGUAGUUCCCAUUCUUUGCGGGCUUUAGCUGUUGACAUUGAAGGGAGACGCCGACUGGUAACUGAGAUUCGUCAAGUCUUGAGUGCCAUGCGCAGGGGUGAGAACAUACGAGCUGAGGACUAUAUGCUUUUUGAUCCCUUCGUAUAUCAUGGAAUGGCUGAUAUGCAUGACAGGCAUAGAGAUAUGCGGCUUGACGUCGAUAACAUGUCUUAUGAGGAAUUGUUGGCUUUGGGAGAACGCAUUGGAGAUGUGAGCACCGGACUGAGCGAGGAUACCAUUUUUGAGUUAAUGAAACAGCGAAAAUAUGCUACUGCAACAGAAUCCCUGCGUGACUUAGAACCAUGUUGUAUAUGUCAGGAGGAGUAUGCUGAUGGGGAUAAUCUCGGGGCACUAGAUUGUGGGCAUGAUUUUCACACCAACUGCAUCAAACAGUGGCUAAUGCUGAAGAAUCUGUGCCCCAUUUGUAAAACGACGGCCCUGUUAAAAUGAGAGGGACGACCAAUCAUUCUCUAAGCCCUGAAAUUAUUAUUUCUUUGCUUAUGGAUCAACAAUUCCAUAAUUGGGUGGAUGAUUACUUAAAUACCUCUUUCUCCUAAAGCAGUCUUUCUCAUUCAUGAACUGCCUGUUUUCAAGAAAGACAAAAGAUGCAGCUGUUUGUUUAAAAAAAAAAAAAAAUGCUGCUUUAGUCAUAAAAGGGUUUGCCUAUACCUUUAGCAAUUGAUACAUUUAUAUCAUAAUGUGAAUUAUAAAUACACUGGAAUUAUAAAUAUCACAUUAUCUGGCAUUGAGAAUGGUGCUGGCAAUAAGAAUUACUUCUUUUUUU